AUCACUUUUCGUUAUUUUUCAAAGGGAUGCAAAGAAAUUGGCUCACAUCAGUAACGCAGAUGCUAUCUUAUUUUGGAUGGAGAGGCCGGCUAUCAUAUUGCUCUUCAUCUUGUCUGGGUUUGGAAUUGUUUUGCCGUCUCUAGUCUUGUUGCUUACCAAUUUAGCUUAUUUCUUAAACUUGAUGGAAAGGCGAAGAAUCGACCCUAAUCAUCCCACUGAUGGUGAUUUAGUGUGGUUUUGUGAAGAAAGGGUAGGAAUAGUACUUGCAGCUGUGUCUUGGUUGGGAUAUCCUGUGCUGGAGUCAGUGGCGAUCUCUCUGUUUUUCACCACAAAUUUGAUGUACAUGUUUAUACUACCAGUCUUUCAAUACUAUCAACACAUGGCUGCUUCACCAACUCAACGCACUAACUUCAAAAGAGGACAGACUAUCCAAAUGGAAGAACUGAAUGUAGAUAUAGAUUAAAGUGAUGACGAGCACCAAAAUCAGGAUACUGUUUGCAGUGACGACCAAGAAUUCUUUCUGACAGGUCCUGUGAAUCUGUUAGUCAGAACUUAGAAGAGAACAAUGUUGAGUUAAGGAGAGGGUUACGAUGAGAUACGUCUAAUCAUUUGGAGAAUUGUGACGAAGAAGAUUUUGAAAAUAAAUUAAAAGAGGGUCUUGAUCAAGAAGGCUACUUCUGGGAUUACCUCAACAAAGUGAGCAGCGAAAGCAGCAAUGACAAAAGUGACAGUCUCCAAGUAUUGCUGAUUGCUAAUAGAAUACUGGAGUCUGAGUGUCAAGUCAACCUAGGAUUAGCUUAAUUAAUUAUAAUUAUAGUUAAUAAUUUGUAAUUAGCCUAAUUAAUUUUCUUUUUCACUAAUGAACACUCACUCACUCUGACAUUUUUCCAA